CUGAUGCUGUAAAGGGACACACGGAUCUGGGUUUCGGAAAAAAGAAAAACACGGAGCAGCUAUAAAAUGGCUUCGACUAGCCGCAAACAGUGGCAGUAGUGGUUUGUAGUGCAAUUUAUCAACUUAGGCUUAAGCUGUUCUCUACCUAGAUCUCAACUAAACCGUUUCUCUCAAAAUGAAAUUUCUGAUCGUACUAACCUGCUUGGUGGCCGCUGCCUGUGCCGCCCCUAAGCCCGCUCCCAUCGGAGGUUACUUCGGUGACGACCAUGGCCUCUCGUACGCCGUGGCCGCUCCAGCUCCGGUGGUCAAGUAUGCCGCCGCGCCCGCUCCGGUGGUUUCCUAUGUCCACGCGGCCCCGGCCGUCCACGCCGUUCAUGCCGCUCCGGCUCCGACCAUCGUGAAGGCUGCCGUUCCGGCGGCCACCAGCUACGCCACCAUCCACCAGGUGCACACGCCCGUCCACGUGGCCGCCGCCCCAGCCGUGGUCAAGUACGCCGCGCCCGCUCCGGUAGUGCAGUACGUCCAGGCCGCGCCAGCUCCGGUGGUCAAGGUGGCCGCUGCUCCGACCUACGUCCACGCUGCCCCGGCACCGGUCGUCAAGUACGGACUUGGAGGUUAUGGAGGUUAUGGUGGAUACGGUGGAUAUCACGGAUUCGAAGGAUACCACGGAUGGUAAAUUAAGGCCACGAACGAGGACAAUGGUUUGCCAAAGAUCGUACUGACCCCAUGCGCCCCCUUCAUAGAUGAUAAUGAUGAUGACCGAGCGAUAAGAAGAGAGUGCGUUCUCAGGAUAUGAAUUUCAUCUUCAAGCUAUUUUACUGUCUCUGUAUGGUUAUCUAUGCUGGUUUUUUGUUUUGUUUUUAUUACACGCUUCAAAUCACUGCCGAGCACCUGCUAAUGAGGACAGUCUUGCUGAAGUUAUGUUAUGUUAUGUUUAAUUAAAGAUGUUGAA